GUGAAAAAGGCUGAAAAGAAUAUAUGGCAAAAUACAAAAUACUAAUCAAAAUGCCCAGACAUCCGUGUCCCUCCUUAGCUGGCGAUUCGCAUUAGCACCAUAUAUUAUCAGUCGGAAUUUGCGCUCCCCUCAAAAGACGAAUUACUUCUAGACAAGUAGAAGCUUUGGUUUUGCUUCUUCAGAGCCACUGCCUUCAUCGGCUUCGGAUGAUUUCUUCAGAUAAAUUUGAGGCCUUUAUCAAGUUCUAGCCUUUCUUGGACUUACUUGCUUGGACUUCACAGCAGAAAUUCACCGGCUUGUCAACCGCAGAAAUUAUUCUAUUUCUCGUUCCUUCCUAGUCAAUAAAGACUCUUUUGUACUUUUCCUCCUCGUUUUCCUCCAUUCAACCACGAACACUGGUGGAAAAUCUCGAAAGAAACUCCCCAAUUUCACAUAUUUCCGUCAUUUUUAGUUCGAAAAAGGAGAAAAACCCGUCUGGGUUCUAGUAUGCGUCCAAUUUCAUCGAUAGUUUUCGCCUUCUUGGCGGCUGCCCUGCUGCUAAGCCACUGCAAGGCAGCUGCUGAGUGGGUGACGUGCUCCGGCAUUGUCCCGAUGAGGUACCGGAAUGAUAAGAUAUCGAUCACGGAUUUUGGAGGAGUUGGAGAUGGAAGGACAUUGAACACCAAGGCAUUUAGGGAGGCAAUUUAUCGAAUUGAGCAUUUGAGGAGGAGGGGUGGCACGCUUCUUUACAUACCUCCUGGGGUGUACUUAACUGAGAGCUUUAAUCUUACUAGCCACAUGACUCUUUACUUGGCUCGAGGUGCUGUUAUCAAAGCUGCCACGGAUACAAGAUAUUGGCCUUUAAUUGCUCCCUUGCCUUCUUAUGGAAGAGGAAGAGAACUACCUGGAGGAAGGUACAUGAGCUUUAUCCAUGGGGAUGGACUCCAUGACGUGAUAAUCACUGGUGAGAAUGGGACCAUUGAUGGGCAAGGUGAAAUAUGGUGGAACAUGUGGAGGCGUAGGACCCUCCAAUUUACUAGGCCAAAUCUUAUUGAGUUUAUGAACUCCAGAGGCAUAAUUGUAUCGAACGUCAUCUUCAAGAACUCACCAUUUUGGAACAUCCAUCCCGUGUAUUGCAGCAAUGUUGUUAUUAACUAUGUCACGAUAUUGGCUCCAGCUGAUUCUCCAAAUACUGAUGGAAUUGAUCCAGAUUCAAGCACCCAUGUUUGCAUUGAGGACUCGUACAUUUCCACUGGAGAUGACCUUGUGGCUGUGAAGAGUGGUUGGGACGAAUAUGGUAUUGCUUAUGGUCGCCCCAGCCAUGGCAUCACAAUUAGGCGGGUAACUGGAUCAUCCCCAUUUGCUGGAAUUGCAAUUGGAAGUGAAACCUCUGGAGGCAUAGAGGAUGUGUUAGCUGAGCACAUAAACCUGUACAACAUGGGAGUUGGCAUCCAUUUGAAGACAAACAUUGGCCGGGGUGGCGUCAUAAGGAACAUCACAGUGUCAAAUGUCUAUAUGCAAAAUGCCAGGAAAGGGAUAAAAAUUGCAGGGGAUGUAGGAGACCAUCCUGACAACAAUUACAACCCAAAUGCUCUACCAGUUGUUAAGGAUGUCACGAUAAAGGACGUCUGGGGUGAGGGGGUUCUGCAGGCUGGGCAAAUACAAGGUCUGAAGAACUCCCCAUUCACGGGGAUCUGCCUCUCCAACAUCAACCUUCAGGGGAACGUAGGACCAAGAAAUCCUCCAUGGAAAUGCUCUGAUGUAAGUGGGGCUGCUGUUCAAGUUAGCCCCUGGCCAUGUUCAGAGCUGACCAGCACCUAUCAGGCUGGUUCUUGCUCUAAUUCGUUCUAAGAACAAUGUAACGUUUUUCAUUUUUCAACUAAAUAUAGUAUUCUUAUGAUUUGUUGUACACCUGCAUAUAAAGGUUAAACAUCAUCGACUGCCUAAAACUUUCUAAUGAACAUUAAACCAUUUCUGUUGCAUCC